CAAGCAUCCAUAUCUAUCCCAAGUGAUACUCCAAGCAUCUCAUCUCAUGUGUGAAAGCUGUUGCAGCACAUCAAUGGCAUCCUAAGCUUUCUCAUCAAAGAUUCUUCAUUGAUUCAAUCAACAACUCCAUUCCUUUUCCCACUCUUUACCUCAAAAGUUCUAUCCAAACUUUACCCACAACAAUUUCUCCUCUUUCUUUCUACUUAUAGAUAAUGCCGAUUCACAAACAACAACCGAUUCCUCCGCCGGUGAUCGGAAAGAUCGGUUACUACACCGUAUUUGUUACGCCUACCCCUAAACCCUCAUCUGAAUCAUCUCCUGUGCGGGAUUCGGAUUCUCAGAAGAAAAAGAAUUGUUCUCCGGUUCAGCCGCCGCCGCUUCAAUACGACAAGACUGCUUCGUCAUACGCCUCCAACUUCGGUUUCUUUUGGGACGCCGUCGCUAAACUUCAGAAUGCACAUUCAAAUUUGGAUGACUAUCUGGCACAUUGGUUUGGGCUGAAUCAAUCAAAAUAUCAGUGGGCUUUGGAUGAUUACUAUGAAAAUGAGAGCAUGGAGAAGGUUGAAAGAACAGCUAAAGAUAUACCCAACAAAGCACAAAAGUAACAAGUUUGUUUUGUAGGUUUUGAGCAAGGGCACCUUCAAGAACAUUGUUCACUACAUCCAUCUGUCAAAACAUCACAUAAUGGGAACUUCCAUUGGUUGUAUUGGAUCAAAUGUUCAAAUUUACGGUGAUCUGAUCAUGAUUCUUUUAGUAUUGCGAGCAUGGGGCAUUGUAACAUUUUCAUAAUUAUAAUGUUUUACCUUAGCAACCGCCAAAGAUAGUCUAAUGGCGUGAACUCUAGCUAUAGAUUUACUUGUUCCAUCUGUACGUCAUGAAUGAAAGUUAUUAAAUGUGCCAUUGAGCACUUGUUGUUGCUUUCU